GAACUGGAAUUGUCGAAAAGAUAUGAUUUUAGGCUGUUUCUGGAUGGUUGAUAACUUCUUCGUAUGAAGCGUUUUUCAGUUGGGAAUUACCCUCGAGGUCAAUGUUUUCUGUUAUUUGCUCUUAUUGUUAGGAGUGGCGGAUUGUCAUGCAUCCAAAAAUAGAAACCCUGUCUUUCUUUCAUUGACUCAUGGAUAUGAGCUUUUUAAUUUUAUUUUAGACUAUUGCAUUUUCCUGGAUAUGAAAUGGGUUGCUUUUAAAUAGUUCCUCCUCCAGAAAAUUUAAUGUGGGUUUUGUUUGGCAAGUUCCACUGCCCUUCUUUCAUUUGCUUUUGCAAACCUUCUCCUCAUCUGCUCUCUCCUUGCCCAUUGAAAUUAGAGAACAGCCCACAUGUUCCUUCUCCCUUAUCUUCAGUUCCUGAUGCUGUGGCUCAGUUAUCUGGUGAGACGAUUGAGGUAAAGGAUGAAAGCUCUAAUGGGAAUCAAAUUGAGAAUUUUCCAAAAAGCAGUCUCAAGAAGCCGUCCUCAGAACCAGGUGUUGAGAAAGAGGUUGAAAAGGCAAGAGUGCAAUGGAUAGAUUUCUUAGGGAAAGAACUUGUUGAGAUCCAGGAAUUUGAACCCAGUGAGUCAGGAUAUUCAGAUGAUGAAGGACAGGGUAAUCGAGGCUGUGUUUGUGUUAUUCAGUGAGUCUGCUUAUUCUGCUUGCCUCAGUCCCGUAUUAGCUACAGCAUGGACAGAAAGACAGCAACUCCCAUUUCCUUGGGCUCCAUGUUUUGGUCCUGUAUAGUGACUGUUGGGGUUUAGUCCCUGAAUGUGCAGCCAGAUGUUUAUGAUGGAUAACAUCAACCAAUUGAGCUGCAGGGUCGAGCUCAAAAGAGAUUUCUGCCAUUGCUUUUAAAUCCUUAAAAGAAUAUACUUCCAGUGCAUUUCAAUCUCCAAUGGCAUUCCUUUCACACAAGGGGAUUUUAUUAGAGAACUG